GAGAGUGCGGCGGCGGAGCGCCUGGCCGCGGCGAUGGAGGAGCUGAGGCGGGCAGGGUGGUACUGGGGCAAUAUGAAUGUUGCUGAAGCCAAAGAAAGAUUACAAGAUACACCUGAAGGUACUUUCUUGGUUAGAGACAGCUCACAUUCGGAGUACCUACUGACUAUUUCAGUAAAAACAUCAGCUGGACCAACCAAUCUGCGUAUUGAGUAUCAAAAUGGCAAAUUCAGACUGGAUUCCAUCAUAUGUGUCAGAUCUAGGCUUAAACAGUUUGAUAGUGUGGUUGAUCUGAUUGAAUACUAUGUUCUUACAUGCAAGGAUAGAAAAACCGGGCCUGAAACUCCACCAAAUGGAACAGUGCAUCUUUAUUUGAACAAACCCCUCUAUACUUCAACUCCAUCUCUGCAACAUCGCUGUAGAAUAACUAUAAACAAAUGUACAAGUAAGAUCUGGGAACUGCCUUUACCAACAAGAUUAAAAGAGUACUUGAAAGAGUAUCAAUACCAGGUAUAAAUAUCUUUUCUGAAUGUCUCUUUUAGAAUAACUUUGAAUGCAACUUUUAAGAUCACCCAAAGAACUGAGUAUCCAGCUGUACAAUUCACCAUGGCAUUUAUUAUCAAAUGGGGUCAGUUUAGGGGAGAAGACAGGUUGGAUUUAAAAUGCCUCCAAACAAGCCUUUCCAAAUCCUAUUUUUGGUGAGUGGAGGCUGCAGUCUCUCUAAUAAGGUAUGUUGGUAUCAUACUAACUUGUGAAGAUUUGGGAUGCUGACCAGAAUGUAGUCUUGUAUUUGAAGAAAAAGGUGUAAAGCACUGUAAUGGCUGCCAAGUAAUAUCUGAAAGGGUGAUCUACAGCAGCAGUGCACAACCUGUGGGUCAUGACUCCCUUGGGGGUCGCGGCUGUCUUCCUGGGAGGGGUCGUAGCACCAGGCUGGCCACCAUUUUCUUUUCCUGGCUCAGUGCCUGAUGUGUACACAGUGGAAGCAGGGGAAGCAGACUGGCACUUUAAAUUAAAGGGCCGCAACAAAAUAUUCUUGGUGCUUUUUUUUUUUUUCUCUCAAACAUUUUCCUGGCACUAGGGGUCGCAAAAUAAAAAAGAUUGAACACCACUGAUCUACAGGAUGUGGAAGAGACUGCAGCUUUACAUGGGAGAGGUCAAAUAAUAAGUAGGACUAGUUUGGUGCUGAUGCUAGUAUACUUUUGCAAUGUUAAGUGGCUUGGGCUUGUGACUCUUACCAAACUUAUGCAACUACUCAACAAAGUAAAAAUUAUUAACAUUUUAUUCUGUAUUGAACCAUAAUCUUGAGGGGAAGGGGGUUAUAUGUUUUGCACAGAGUAGUACUGCAGUAAUCAAAUUAAAAGCCUUAUUUCCAAAAGCUUUUAAAAUUGGAAUGAAGGGAAUACAAUUCAGUGUGUUACUGAGGUACCAGCCUCUUCGUUGAUGUUUUAACAUCUUCCCUUGUUACUAUUUAGCCUCUGUUGGGUGAGGCCAUAGACUCUCUACAGUGCAGCUCUGCUGUUGCUCAGUUCUGAUAUCUCAGCAUGAAAACCAGCAGUUAUGGCUACCUUCUACAAUGUAGAAGUCUUUUUUCAAUUUUUCCUCUAGAAUUAUGGGAAAGUUGAUUUAUUUACUGCUGUAGCUGUCAAACUUCAGACCUUAUUCAAUAAAGUGAAUCUAAUUGCA